AUGUUAAGACUAGAUGGAAAUCAAAUGUUUCGUGACCAGCUACAAAAUCCGAUAUUUCGAUCUCUCUCAAGUCUGCAGAUUUUGUCUCUUCGAAGUUCAAGUAUCCCAAGUAUUCCUUCUAAAGCCUUCUCAGAGUUAGAAUCUCUCAAGGAUCUAGACUUAAGUGGAAACUAUAUUAAGAAACUCCAACCUGAUUCACUUAAGGGCUUAUGGAAAUUGAAAACCGUGGAUCUAUCUGCAAAUAAUUUAGUAUAUCUUGAUAAAGAUAUGUUUUCAAAUAACCCAAACUUAUCUCGCCUUAUCUUGUCACAAAAUCAAUUAACAUUUUUUACUCAAAGUACAUUUGACCCUAUAAGAUCUUCGCUUUUGUAUAUUGAUAUAUCCCAAAACCAAAUUACAUGUAACUGUGAUUUAAGUUGGCUUGUCCGUUGGGUUGUUGGUACGCCUACAAUUACUCUUCUUCAAGAGAAGGCAACGUUUUGUGGUGUAGCAUCGUUAGAACCAUUCAGAGAUAAACCUUUCCUGGACUUCGAUCCGACUGAACGGUGUGGCUUCAAUGUCGACAUCAUCUGUCUGCCUUCAAUUGCUGUCAUUUCCUUGGUGGCAACUGUUAUGUUAGUAUAUCAUUUUCGAUGGCAGUUACGACGCUGGCUCUUUCUUCUUAAACUAGCUGUUCUAGGUUAUAUGGAGGUGCGAGACCCUCGGGACCAUAACGAUUACGAGUACGAUUUGAAUGUAAUUUUCCACGAAGACGACGAAGAAUGGGUCCAGGAACAUCUUCGAGUAGCCAUAGAGGAACGGCUUCCGCAGUUCCAGAGGAAGGUAUACGGAGAUGCCGAUCUUGUCGCAGGUAUGUAUUACUUAGAGGCGGUCGACUAUGUGGUUACCCGGAGUUUCAAGACGGUCGUAGUACUCAGUAGGGCCGCUAUCAAGGAUCGUUGGUUCAUGCUCAAGUUCAGAACGGCUAUUGACCACGUGACGGAUACCCAGACUGAGUUUGUCCUGGUGUUAUUCCUGGAAGACAUCCCUGGCGAAGAGCUCCCUUUCCUAGUAAGGUUGUGCCUUAGUGAUGGUAGACCAUACCUACACUGGCCUGACGACAUUAGAGGACGGGAAUAUUUCUUUGAUGAAUUGUUAGCAAAGUUGACUGUUAAUCUGAAGACAAAUGAUUUGAUACCCAAUGAAUGA